UAUUAAAGUGGAUUUCUUUGCAGACUGGCCCAUAAUUGUAAAUGAAGUGGCAAACCCUGCCUUGGAUAGAUGCUGCUGAAUCCAUAAGAAAUGCCACUGCCACUGCCACCCCAAUGCUCCAGAUGUGAGACUAAGAAAUCUCAGUCCAGCAAAAUUGUGCCCAGUGAUCAUGGCCCAUCUGAAAAGAGAGAGGAGAAUUACCAAGCAAAGAUAUCUCCAUCUUCACCUCAGGGACCACUCAAAAAGAGGUCAGCUUUUGAAGAUCUCACCAACGCUUCUCAAAGUCAACCUGCCAAGCCCAAGAAGGAAGCUAGUAAUGAGUUUGUUAAAGAUGUUUCCAAGAAGAUAAACAGGAACACACCUGCUCGUGGGUAUGAACUGGAACUCUCACCAGUAGUAGUCUCAACCACCAUGGUACCAAAUAGUAUAGACAAGCCACUCAUUCUGGAGAUAUCUACCGGCUCCAAGACACCCACUGCUGAGGAGGCAUCUCUUUUCAAAAAACCAUUCAUUUUAAAGGAGGAACCCUCUACUGAGGAUACAGUCCUCAUCAAGAGGUCAUUAAAGAAGAGCACAAAUCAGGGGGAGGUGUCCCUCUUAGAGAAGCCACUCUCCUUGCAGGAGGAGACUGACAGUGAUGUUGUAGAGCCAAUGACUUUUGGGAAGAAGAAGAAGCCUAAAACUGAGGAGGCAACCCCCACCAAGAAGCUGUUAUCUUUAAAGAAAAAGUGUACCCCUCAGGGGAAGAUGUCCUAUAUGAAGAAGCCACUAGUAUUGCAGAAGAUCAUCUCUGAAGAGAAGUCACUCGCUAAGGAGCUGUUGUCUUUUAAGAGAAAGCCUACCACUGAAAAGGAGUGCCUUUUCCAGGAGCCAUCUGCAUUGCCAAAGAAGCACACCACUGAACAAGAGGUGUCCAUCUUGAAGAAAUCAUUGGCCUUGCAGGAGAAGAUCGACACUGAAGAGGAUUCCGUCUUUAAGGAACCAUUGGCUUUUAAGAAACAACCUACCACAGCGGAGACAACCCUCACCACAAGGCCAUUAUCUUUAAAGAAGAAGUGCACUACUCAGGGGAAGAUAGCCCACUUGAAGAAGCCAUUAGUAUUGCAGAAGACCAUCUCUGGAGAGAAGGCACCCAUUAAGGAGUCAUUGUCCUUUAAAAACAAGCCUACCACUAAGGAGGAGUCCCUCUUCCAGGAGUUAUCUGUGUCGCAAGAGAAGCGCACCACUGAUGGGGAGGUUACCCUUUUGAAGAAGCCAGGGGCAUUGCAGGAGAAAAAGGAUGGUGAAGAUGAAUUUCUUAUGGAGCCAAUUUCCUUGAGGAAGAAGCAUACUACUAAGGAGGCAACCCUUUCCAAGAAGCCAUUACCUUUAAAGAAGAAGCGUACCACUCGGGGGAAGAGGUACCGCUUGAAGAAGCCACUAGUAUUACAGAAGACCACCUCUGAAGAGAAGUCACUCAUUAAGGAGCCAUUAUCCCUUAAGAAGAAGCCUACCACUAAGGAGUCCCUUUUCCAAGAGCCAUCAGCAUUGCAGGAGAAGCACACCACUCAGGAGGAGGUGUCCAUCUUGGAGAAGCCAUUGGUCUUGCAAAAGACUCCAACUGAGGAGGAGUCCCUUUUAAAGGAAGCUUUGGCUUUUAACAAGAAGCGUACCAUUGAGGAGGCAACCUCCUCUAAUAAGCUGUUAUCUUUAAAGAAGAAGUGUACCAGUCAGGGUAAGAUGUCCUGUUUGACCAAGCCACUAGUAUUGCAGACCAUUUCUGAAGAGAAGUCACUCAUUAAGGAGCCAUUAUCCUUUAAAAUAAAGCCUACCACUGAGGAGGAGUCCCUCUUGAAGAAACCAUCUGCACUGCAAGAGAAGCACACCAUUCAGGGGGAUGUGGCCCUCUUGAAGAAGCUGUGGGCAUUGCAGGAGAAUAUAGACAGUAAAGAUGAAUUUCUUAUGGAGCCAGUGUCAUUUAGGAAGAAACAUACCACAGAUGUGGCAGUCUCUACCAAGGAGUCAUUAUUUUUAAAGAAGAAAAAGUGUACCACUCAGAUGAUGAUGCCUAUCUUCCAAGAACCGUUGGACUUGCAGAAUAUGAUUGGUGAAGGCAAGGACUCCUCCUUUAUGGAGCCAAUAUCAUUUAGGAAGAAGUCUUCAACUGAUGAGGCAAUUCUUACCAAGACACCGGUAUCUUUAAAAAAGAGGCAAAUCACUCAGGGGAAGACGUUCCUUUUAAAGAAGCCACUGGUCAUAGAGAAGACUACCUCUGAAGAGAAGUCAGUCUUUAAGGAGCUGUUGCCCUUUAAAAAAAAGUCUACAACUGAAGAGGAGUUCCUCUUCCAGGAUCCAUCUGUACUGAAAGAGAGACACACCACUCUGCAAGAGUGGCUUCUUCUCUCAAAGAAGCCAUUGGCCUUGCAGGAGAAUAUCAGCACUGAAGAAGAAUUGUAUAUUAAGGAGCCACUGACCUUGGAGGAGAGGUCUACCACUGAGGAGGAGUUCCCCUUUCAGGAGCCAUUUUCACUGCAUGUUAAACCGACCAACAAAGAUGAGUCCCUCUUCAGGAAGUCUUUUGCCUUGCAGAAGAAGACUGAUAACAAAGAGGACUCCUUGAAGGCACUGUUGGCUUUGCAGGACAAAAGCACCACUGAAGAGGAAUUCCUUUUCAAGAAACCAUUGGUUUUGAAGGAAGAGCUCUCCACUGAGGUGGCAGUGAGCAUAGAGGGGCAAUUAUCUUUAAAGAAGAAGCCCACUGCUCAGGGGGAGGUGUUCCUCUUGAAAAAGCAGUUGGCCUUGCAAGAAAACAUCACCAGUGAAGAGGAGUCCCUUAUUAAGCAGCCACAGGCCUUGCAGGAGAAGCCCAGCAUUGAAAAGGAGACCAUCCUGAGGGAGUCCUUGACCUUGCAGGAGAAUCUCACAAUUGAGGAGGAGGCUAUCCUGAAGGAGCCCCUGGCCUUGCAGGAGAAUCCCAGCAUUGAGAAGGAAAUCAUCUUGAGGGAGUCCUUGGCCUUGCAGGAGAAGCCCACGAGUGAGAAAGAGACCCUCUUCGAGGAGCCCUUGGCCUUGCAGGAGAAUCCCACAAUUGAGGAGGAGGCUAUCCUG